AUGCAUCUUGAAGGUAACCCUCAAAAGGACAAGGAAGCUGUUAGCAAAGAAGGGAAGGAUAUGGAAAUUGAAGGGACUCGUGCAAAGGAGGAAACCCUACCACCUGGAUUUAGAUUUCACCCUACUGAUGAAGAAUUGAUAACUUACUAUCUCAUAAACAAGAUAUCAGAUUCUAGUUUUGCAUGCAAAGCAAUAGCUGAUGUAGAUCUCAACAAAUGCGAACCAUGGGAGCUGCCAGGGAAGGCGAAGAUGGGACAAAAAGAAUGGUACUUCUUCAGUCUUAGAGAUCGUAAAUACCCUACGGGUGUGAGAACCAAUCGAGCAACGAACACUGGGUACUGGAAAACCACAGGGAAAGACAAGGAGAUCUUCAACAGUGUCACAUCGGAAAUGGUUGGUAUGAAGAAGACUUUGGUUUUCUAUAAGGGCAGGGCUCCUAGAGGAGAAAAAACCAACUGGGUCAUGCAUGAAUACCGCAUUCACUCAAAAUCCAGCUUCAGAACCAACAAGCAGGAUGAAUGGGUGGUAUGCAGGGUAUUCCGUAAGAGUGCUGGUGCAAAAAAGUACCCUUCUUCUAACCAUACAAGAGCAGUGAAUCCUUAUAGCCUAGAAGUUGGUACUAGUAUUAUGCCACCACCAAUGAUGCAGCUAGGAGAUCCUGCUACUCAUUUCCUUUAUGGAAGGAACUACAUGAGCAGUGCAGAGUUAGCUGAAGUUACUAGGGUUUUAAGAGGUGGUGGAUCCACCAGUAGUGUUAACCUACCAAUGCAGUCCCAUUUGAACUACCCAGUAUCAGCACCAGGAGGAGGAUUAGGAUUCACCAUUUCAGGGCUUAAUUUGAAUCUGGGUGGAGGAGGAGGAUCAGUUGCUACAACACAACCCAUUUUGAGGCCAAUGCCACAGUCACAGCCAUCUCAUCAUCAUCCUGCUCACACAAUGUCUCAAGUUGUGCAUGAUUUCAGUUCCAACUUGAUGACAGCUAGUACUCUUGCUGCUGAGAAUGUAGGGUAUGGUGCUGCAAUGAGCAAUAAUGCAAAUCCUCACAGCAAUAGGUUUAUGGGCAUGGACAAUUGCAUGGAUCUAGAUAGCUACUGGCCUUCUUACUGA